AUGGCCACCUGGGUUAGCUGCAACGAAAGUGCUGGACUGGCCUACGUGGAUUGUACCAAGGCUUCGCGCCAGCACCGAGAGAAUGAACAGAUCGACACAGCAAUAAGCAAUCCAGAAAAGAGGGUAGGACGCAGUCACUCACAACUGCCCCUUUUUAGCCUUCUCAGAGACCGAUAUGGGGACCCGGAAUCUCUGUUGCAUUGGACUAAGCUCUCUGUGAACUGUGCCUUGUUCCAGAAGCUCCGAUUCUCGAAGCAGACAUGGACGAUCAUCUCGAAGACAGAGGUAUCACUUAACCGAGCUGUGUCGUCCUUGAAGCAAACGAGUAGGACGAUACCCAGUGAUUGGUGGAGAUGCUUGAGAGAGGUGGGUGGCUGCCAGGGCCCCGAUCAGAGUCUCGCCCGGAAAUUUUUUAUAGAAAUCGGCCUUGAGCUGUUUAAGGAUGAUUUGCAGGGCUUUCUCGAAGAUACGAGGGAGUUAUCAAAUCAGCAGCCGAUUUCCAAGAAUGCCAGCAGAGACCCUGAAGCUACAUCAAGAUUGAGAUACGUACUAAACACGCCUAUCGCUCGAUACAGGGUCAUGCAUCCGGAGGACCACCGGGUCAUCGAGCUUUUUGACGAGUACUACUGUUCCGGUAUCAGAUCGAGCGAGCGCUGGAAGCAGGAGCGCCAUCUCGCCGAUUCUAGCACACAUUGUAUCACCAUCUCGAUCCCAGAAGACCCUGGGGUUGAUGCUGAAGUCACAUUCAUUUUCGGUUUUGAGUACUGGAGAGUAUUGCAUUUCGGAACAUGCUUUCAGUCCGACAAUGACGACAAAGCACUUAUCCUCAGAGUUUCUCACCCAGGCGCUAUGUCACAGGCCGGAUUGCUCGCAUCAGGGAUGCAAACAAGUGCUCUUUGGAGCUGGGAGCAGACCAAUUCUAAAACAUUCACCCAGUGUCUCACAUACAGGAUCUUAGAUGGGAGCCAGGAUGUUGAAGACAUUGUCGGGCCCAUGGCUAAUGUGGAAGCAUGGCGAGAAGCCAGGGCAGGCAUGCUAGAUUUUUAUGGCCAGGAUUUUCGGGCCAGGAAUGAUAAGGAGAUGAGUGGGGAUGAGCAGAUGGGCGGCGGUGAUUCUGCCGAGGACGAUGGCUGUUGGACCGAAUCGUUGUUCUACUUGGAGAACAGCAACUCAGUCGCCCCCGAGCCAAUGGAGCUGACCGAACAUGAUAUCCACAAUCGUCUGUGCGUGCUUGCCGGUCGAUUCAUGGAAAUUGCCGAGUGUCGACAGUGGAACACAGUCGCAUCAGUCCAACCACUGUCUCAAUUGCUGCAAGGAAUGGGGCUGGGUGAUUUCACAGAUCAAACCGAGUUUGAUCGCGGCCACCUUGCUUGCGAACUCGCGACUCUCUUCGCCAAAAAAAAACUACCCCUGGCUAUCAAAGCUCCUCGACACUCCCGAGCUCCCCCAUUGAGCACGCAGGCCUGGCCAGUCAAGCAAGACUACACACCACCAGAGCGAGGACUUCUGACCCCCAUUUAG